AUGCCACGUCCUCGACGACCUACACGCAAAGACGACGACACGUCUUCUACGCGCCGGUCUACGCGGCCACGCCGCGCGCGCGUAGCGACUACGCCGCCGUCCGAUGCGAUUGUCGACGACGACGACGAUUCAGAUGUAUACAGUGAGGCUGAGCCGCAGCCGCCUCCCACACGCGCACGCAGCACUCGUGCCAGCUCACGCCGUGGACGAACGCCACGCGAUCAUACACCUGGUUCGUACAGCGCGACGCCGGACGUCGACGAUAUAGCCUCCGAGGCGGAGGCGGGGCCUACAGUCGAUAUCGAAGGGCAGACAUACCGUAUGGAAGACGAUGCGCUCGUGCUUGAGACGGACCCUGCGGGCGAAACCAAAGUCAAUCGGCAUGGCCACCUGCUUGGCGGGCGUGAGUACCGCGUCCCCACCUUUCGCUCGCCGGAGCGUGAUGAUCCCGAGCGUCUGUAUAUGCUUUCGCUUGAUAUUGCGCGUGAGUUGGGCUACCGCGACUCGUCGUACUUUUUCCGAAAACAUCCAUUGUUUUACAAACUCUAUCUUACCCAGGACGAGAAGGAUACGUUGAUCGCCGAUGGACGUCUCAACAAUUCGCUGCGUACACGCAACGUCACGGUCGUCACGGCGCGCUCUGUGUUCCAGCAAAUGGGCGCGCGUGUAGUCGUACAAGGCCGCCAAGUGACAGACGACUACUACGAGGCCCAAGCGCGUGCGGAGGGGAAGCGGGAAGGUAUGCUUGUCACUCUAUCCUCGAUGGAGGACGUAGCCCGAUCUGACCGGCGACGUGAGAACGAGCGCGAUCGCGACCGCGGGCGUCGUCGUACCGAUGCCGUGACGCAUACGACCGUCGACCCACAAGGCGAGAUGGUUACUACGACGUUUGGCGACGAUGGCCAAUCACCCUUUGUUCGUGCUGGCACGUCGCUGUACCGCCGCGGACCGCUGCAACGUGCUGACGUUACCGAGGAGAACUGGAUGGCCGUGUACGCCAAAAGCGUUCGGGAGAUGAACACCGAGCUCCUGGUGGCGCGCCGCGAUCACAUGUGGGCCAUGGCACCCAGUGCCAAGGCGCCGGCGACGAAGGUGGAGGACCCUGCGGCGGCCAUGAAAGUCGAUCCAGACGACCAUUUGUUUUGCGAUACUCGGCCGCCCUGGGAGCGUGCGCAAGAUACCGAUGUGGCCGCGCGGCAGCAAGCUGCGCAGGCCGCCCAGCGUCGCGCGCGACGGGCCGCCGAGCCGCCGAUCGGUCUGUACGACCCGCAUACCCAUACGCCUCUCGCCGAGCCAGGUGCUGAGGUAGGUACGUAG